AUGUGGAAAAGUGAGACUCCAGUUCCCACCGAAACCACGAGCACCACGGAAGAUGUUACUACUUCAGAAAGUGAGACUCCAGUUCCCACCGAAACCACGAGCACCACGGAAGAUGUUACUACUUCAGAAAGUGAGACUACCGUCACGCCCGAUACCACGAGCACCGCAGAAGUAUAUCACGACCAGUUUGAUUCCAUCACACGCCGGUUUUCGAAACCUUCUCAGCAACUUUGGCUCAUCUUCGUCGAAUGA